UUAGAGGGGUCAGCGCUGCUUCCUCCCAGAGGGUGGAUGGGUAUUAGAGUCGCUGUAAUGCCUCCAGGUUCACAGGGACCGUCUGCUCAGUGACCUGCAGGCGUGUUUGAUCGGGCGGGCUGUGGAGGAGAGAGACCGCCGGCAUGCUGAGCUUGAAGAGACGGAGGCAGAGCCUCUUCCCCAAUUACAAGCUGGGAGGGGCGACGGACCCCGUUGCCAGGGAGGUGGACCACCACCUGCCCUUCGCCAAGGACGGCUGCGUGAAGCAGUGGAACUCCAUGCAGGAGCUGAGCCGGGACAUCUACAACAUAUACGACGAGUACGAGAACGAGGAGGACGACCGGGUGCCCCUCGCGCAGCUGAGGCUCGGCUCGCCCUCCAAGAACUUCAUGCUCAACAUCAACGUGGGCGGCAAGGUCUACCAGAUGUCCUACCGCGUGGCGGCCCAGUACCCCAAGACGAGGAUCGGGAGGCUGGCGACGUACACCGACCACAACCGCAAGCUGGACCUCUGCGACGACUACAUCGUCCAGAACAACGAGUUCUUCUUCGACCGGGACCCGGACAUCUUCCACAACAUCUUCAACUUCUACCGGACCGGCGUGCUGUGGGUCAAGGACGAGCUGUGCCCUCGCAACUUCCUGGAGGAGAUCAACUACUGGGGCGUGCGGAUCAAGAACACCCACCGCUGCUGCCGCAUCUCCUUCGAGGAGCGGCAGGAUGAGCUGAACGAGCAGCUGAAGGUCCAGCGGGAGCUGCAGGCAGAGGUGGAGAUCGAGGAGAACGAGGAGCUGUUCCGCGACAUGGCCUUCGGCCACGCCCGCCGGGCCAUCUGGAACCUGAUGGAGAAGCCCUUCUCCUCCGUCACCGCCAAGCUGAUGGCGGUGGCCUCCAGCUUCUUUGUGCUGGUGUCGCUGGUGGCCAUGACGCUCAACACGGUGGAGGAGAUGCAGUACCGCACGCCCACGGGCCAGCUGAGCGGCCGGACCUACUGCGAGUACGUGGAGACCCUCUGCAUCGCCUUCUUCACCGUGGAGUACCUGCUGCGGCUGGCCUCCACGCCGGACCUGCGCCACUUCGGCCGGAGCGUGCUCAACGCCGUGGACCUGAUCGCCAUCCUGCCGCUCUACCUGCAGGUGGUCCUGGAGCACUUCGAGAGCGAGGACCAGGGCAAGCACAGCGACAUCGAGACGGUGAGCCGCGUGGGGAAGGUGGGCCAGGUGCUGCGCAUCAUGCGCCUGAUGCGCAUCUUCCGCAUCCUGAAGCUGGCGCGCCACUCCACGGGCCUGCGGGCCUUCGGCUUCACCCUGCGCCAGUGCUACCAGCAGGUGGGCUGCCUCUUCCUCUUCAUCGCCAUGGGCAUCUUCACCUUCUCCGCCAUGGUCUACACCGUGGAGCACGACGUACCCCAGACCAACUUCACCAGCAUACCCCACGCCUGGUGGUGGGCUGCCGUGAGCAUCUCCACGGUGGGCUACGGGGACAUGUUCCCGGAGACGCCGCUGGGUCGCAUCUUCGCCUUCGCCUGCAUCUCCUUCGGCAUCAUCCUCAACGGCAUGCCCAUCUCCAUCCUCUACAACAAGUUCUCCGACUACUACUCCAAGCUGAAGGCGAACGAGUACACCUCCAACCUGCAGAACCGCGGGAGAGUGCGGUUCACCAGGAGGGCGGUCAAGAAGAUGAGCGAGUGUUGCGAAGGAGCCUGGCAUUAGCGGCCGGCCCGCUCCUUUAGGAAACGUUAAAAGGUCGCUCCGUCCUAGCUUCCGCUGUAGACCGCUUUAACCAAGCUGACGCAAUCCCUGCAUCAAAUCCUGGUGAGGUCAUCGCCCUCGUCGCCCGAGGAAGGUCCCGCGCGCACGUCUGAGACCCUGAAAAGAGGACCAAUGGAAAUGACCCUUCUGUCCUUAGCUCUACAGUGGCCUAGUUUUUCAUGUGGAGCAGAGGGCUAAUCACCCCAACACAAUGGGCUACUUCCCAUUUCAGUGACACACGUUGCAUUAUUUGCAUUUCGAAGCAACACCUUAUGUCUCAGGAAAUGCAUGGCAGCUACUUUAUCAUGAAUCAUUUAUUUGUAUGUAUGUACAAUUACUGCCUGUUAUAUAACUGCCAUCUUGUUCGUGGCCUGGCGGUUGGUAUAACCAAGAUCAUUUGAAGUACAAAUUGUACAUCCUACUCACUGACAUUGUAAAGCCUGGUAAUGCGGUCAUGUUAAGGUGGACAGAUACGACUGCUUUUCGACACACGUCCCCUAACUUGACAGCCUUCCCUCAAGAUGAAAGGUUUAAAUAAGCAGGUUCACGUGUUCGAUGAACAGCUAGUAAUUGUCAGCCACAUAUUAUGAUACAGCUGAAGUCCAUAGAAAUGCGUUUGAAACUGCAGAGACGUUUUUAAGAAGACUCUGGGACAAAAAUGCAAUUCUCGCAUUAAUUACCUUUUAUCACAACCAGUGUGCAAGGGUGUGAGAAAGAUGUCCCUUAUGGAAGGUGUGAAUGAUACAUUUUAAAGACUGGUAUUUCUUUUUUUUUAAAUGUUACCUAAACUUGUGCUUUCCUAACCAUAAUCCUAACCUCCCAUCCCCACCCAUGCUUUGUAAUACUGUUCUGCAGAAAUCUGAGCAUUUCUGAAGAACUGGCCUCUUCACGGUACUUGACAGCUUUGCAUUGGCUUGCUUAAUUUGCCAAAUAAGUUGCUUAUUGUAAACGCACCAAAGGAGCUAGAAAGCUCUGCUCCCGUACUGCUUUUUGGACAGUGGCAGUUAUUCUGCUUGCAGAAUGAAAGAACGCUGUUGUAAAAUAGAAUGUGCUGUUUUCGCCUUGCCUUUUGCCAUUUAUGCUCCCUGUCUGUAUGAAAUGGAUAGACGUAAACCUUCCUAUUUUCUACUGUCAAUACGAGGGAAUUAAACAUUUUAGACUUC